CUCCAAGGCCCUGCGUCCACCUCCUCUCUGGUCUCGGCUUUUCGGUUGGUAAAUGUAGGGAGGGUGAUCUCAGGGCCAGCAGGUCUAUUGGAGGCCUCCGCGAGCCAGUGUCCUGCGCCCCAGGGCUGUUUUCUAGACUCGGUUCAUGACACUCCUGGGAGAAGGGAACCGGAGCUGCUGGCUGCCAGGGCUGCGAGCUGAGGAAGGAAGCCGGGCGGGGCGACAGCACAUCCGAGCAGGGACAGGCCUGCUCUCGGGGCUUUCCGCGGGCGUGGAAGCAAGUAUCGUUUACACAAUGAGCUACAGCGCACGUGGCCAGAGCCUGCUGUGUGCCAGGCUGCGGCCGCACUCGUAGAGAGCAAGCACUGAACACCAGGAGCCCAACAGAGGAGGUGGCUGCAAUUUGUGGAGCUAAUUUGGAUUCAGAAGCCUGGAGCCCAAGCACCCUUGACGCCUGAGCUCUGAGAGGCUCUGAUCCGGGACCCCGUCAAGGAAAGGGCCACUAAACUGUGGCCUGUGGGUAGGAGGCUGAGUUGGCUCCUGGAAGGACAGGAAGAGGCCUGUGACCACCCACCCCUGGUCACCAGGCGGCUGAAGACUAGGCUUCCUGGGCGCCAGGGUCUGAGUCCAGAGCUAAGGGAGCAGGGUAGCAGCCAGCCAGAAAGCUGGAGGCUGUUCUGAGUAAGGGACAGGGCUAGGGAAAGGGUCAGCUCACAGGACAGUGUUGCCUUUUAGGGGGUAAAAUCGCCUCUUUUUUUCUUUUCUUUUUACUGCAUUUUGCUGUAUAGAAAGAAAACCCUAGCUGAGCACAGUGGCACAUGCAUCAAGAAGCACAGGGUCUCCAUUCAAGGCACCAUGGGUGUCCCUGGGUUUUAGGCAGGUUGGUGACACUGCCAGCUCUUCUCUGAGUGGAGGUUCCAGAGCAGGGCUGAGGUGGCAGGCAUGGCCGGAGGCUGCCCUUUCCCCUGGAGACCAGAGAAGGCUGGAGCUCAGGGCUCAGCCCCACCACAGCCCUGGGAGGGUAGGGGCAGCAGAGACAGAAACUCUCCCUGCACCCAGCUGCUGCAGCUUUCAGAGUCUCUGUCACGACCCUCAGAGGAGGCACCAGUACCCACUGAUGAAUGAGACUCUAGAGGAGCAGCUGUACCUGAGCACUGUGCCAGCACAGAGUCCCCAGAGGGAGCCGAGUCACAGGCCCUGGAGAGCAGCGGGUGCAAGAUACCCAGAGGCCCCAGCCGCCUGCUCCUAAGCCAGGCUCUCUGUCCCUGGACAAAGCUGUCUCCUCGGCUCUGUCCAUGAUAGCAGCUGACCCAACCAGCCAGCUCCAUGGGCCUCAGUGAUUCUAGCAGGAAGACCCUUGGCCUCACUCUAGCUCCUGCUCUGGGGAAGACAUUCUAAGCCCUCAACACCGUAAUGAUGCCAGGUAGGGCCUUGUCUAGUGGCUCCUCCAUGGUCAGCCUCUCCCUUAUGGUUGAUACACUGUGUUAACCUAAGAAGGUUAGAAAUUUGACUUGAGAUACUCAGCAGGGAGCCAGGAUCCUUACUUACUUUGUAAAUACCAUUUUGUGCAAGAGGAGGGCACAGAGAUUUUGUGAGUACUACAUCUGCUCUGGGGAGGGUGUGUUGGGCAGUGACCUCCAUACACUUUAAGGGAGGAGAAAAGGCUUGUUCUCCCCACCCGCUUUUGCUUUGGCUGCUUUGGCCAGUUGCUGCCUUGGAGUGUUGCCCCUCAACCAUGCCACCCUGCCUGGAGCCAGCUGAUUAUGGACUGAAACCUCUACAAACAUGCCUGCAUCACCGGAACAUUGCCUAAUCAAUGACGGGGUGUCUGCAUCAUCCAGAACACUGCUUAAUCAAUAAUGGAUGCUCAACAGAUAACCCUGAAGGGAUAAACACAGCCAUCAAAAAUGAGCCUGUCACACCAAAUAGGAGAGCCUGUUUACGAGCUUCUUACAGCCUCAUUUCUUGGACCAUUGAUCACUGCUCGCCAGCAAAUUAAACCGAGAGUAGAGGCUUGCGAUGGUCUGCAGGGGCAGUCUCUAUUUGUCCCUGGCUCCAGAAUGCAAGGCUGUCUGUGUGACAUUGAUCAGAGAGCUGCAGGCGGCCUGCCAGCCCUGGUCCAGCUCAGCCCUGGGGAGGAAGCGGAGGGGUGGCCCUGGGAGUGUCCUGGGUGAAGUUCCUUUGGGACACCUUCCUGGUGUUUAAAAGAUGCAAAUAAUGGGAACAAUAGGGUCGUUAUGCCCAGGCCACUUGUGGCAGAUCCUGGGCUCCCAGGGAGGCAGAGCUCUUCUCCUCCUGCCAUGGACAAAUUCAGCAGAGACAAGCCGGGGUUGGGGCCCCCAGUCCCACCCCCCAGAUACAAAGAUACCUCAGCUUGGAGAGAAGAUGCCCCCAGCCUAUCUCCUCUGCCUGCCCAAAAGACCUGGCGAGACAAGCAUCCCUUCCUGAAGGCCCUUCAGGACAAAGCGGAAGCGAGUGAGGAAGAGGAUGAGUAUGAGCUGCCCCCCUGUGGGGCUCUGCCCCGCAGCCUGGCUCCUGCACAAAUUGCUGCCAUGGAAAAGGACGCCUUGUACCUGGAUCACCCAGGGCCCCUGGGCCCACCAUCAUGGGGGCCUCAGCCCACCAAGGGGAGAGGCCUCCUUACAAGUCCCUGCUUCCCCACCCACCCCACCCCGGGACAGCAUUUCCUGCUGAAGGUACCAACCCUCCUGUGUGCAGCCGUGAAACCGGGCUCCAUCUUUGGGAAGAAAGAGUGGCGUGCACCGUCUGGAGUGGUGCCAAGCCCUGCGAAGAACCCAGAAGAGAACAUCUACUUGCAAUGCGAACCCGAUGCAGUCCCUGCUCUGACUCCAAGCUCCCAAGUUCUGAUGCCCCCAGUUCAUCUGCCAAGGACAUUUGUGAUGCCCAGGCCUACUGUAACUCCCACGGAAACUUGGAAUGGAGCAGCAGACAAUACCUUUAAAGCAGGAAGGAGACUGUCUCUUCACUCCAAAGCUCCCACUGGGAACACCUCUGCCACCAAGGACAGUGGCCUGCUGGGUCAGCCAUGGUACUCAGGGAACUGUGACCGCCACACUGCUGAGACAGCCCUGCUCCGCUUCCAAAAGGACGGGGCCUACACGGUGCGGCCUAGCUCAGGGCCUCACAGCUCCCAGCCCUUCACCCUGGCUGUGCUCCUGGGAGGCCGGGUCUUCAACAUCCCCAUCCGGCAGCUGAAUGGUGGGCGCCACUACGCCCUGGGCCGGGAGGGCAAACACCAUGAGGAGCUCUUCUCCUCCGUGGCUGCCAUGAUCCAGCACCAUGCAAAGCACCCUCUGCUUCUGGUGGACAGACAUGGUGGCAGCCGGGGACUCACCUGUCUGCUCUUCCCCACCAAGCCCUGAGCCACAGCAAUGACACUGCCACCGCUGCCCCCAGAGGACAGCAGCAAGAAGGACUUCUCAAAGAGAGGGAAGAUCCCAGGACCCCCAUCACAGGCUCACACGGAGGCUGACAGCACCCCUUCUGGCUCCAUCUCUGAGGCAGAGCACCCAGUGUCAGCCCCUACUCUACCCCACCCCUGAAAUGGCAGCACCCAUCCUGUUACCAGGAUCUGCCCAGCUGCCCUGGAUGAAAGUGUGGUGGUAGCCCAGAGAAACUGGCCACCCACUGGGAAGCCAGGCCUCAGUAUGCCACACCCACUUCCUGUAGCAAAGGCAAUCCCUUACCUUUUCCCAGGUGCUCAGUGUCCUCUGGGAGGGCCUAGUUUGCCCUGCACAUAGUACAUGCUCAAUAAACACCUGUUGAAUGAA